AUGAGCGUCUACGAGGACUCCUUCGAGGGCAGCGACACAACCUCCUCGUGGUCGUCGUCGCCGCCGUCGCCGUUGCGAGGGAAUUUCACGCCCAAACCCGACGUGGUUGAGCCGCAGCCGCGGCAGUCCGCCCCUCCCGCGCCGGUUCCGGUGCCCGUGAAGCAGGCGCUGGCCGACACUUCGGGGCCGCUCGGCGACACGGCCACUUCCACCGCCACGGCCGCCACGGCGGAGGAGGGGGCCGCUGCUGCGGCUGCUGGUGCCCCGUUCGCCCUGCUGCGUCCUGCGGCAGCGGCGUCGUCCGUCGCCUCCACCGACUCGUCUCCGAGGAAGGAGUUAAAGAGCAGCUCCGUCGUGGGUGAUGCGGGAGGGAGGGGGAGGGACACGGCGUCUGGCGACACGACGUACUCCAACAUAGAGAGGAAGUUGGGUGGAAUCAACGCAGCCGGCACCGACGAGUUUCAGGCGCUGACGUCAUACGUCGCGUUUGGUGACUCCCCGCCGAGCUCAACGGGGGUCGCCUCUGCCGCGGCCGACGGCGGCAAGAAGGGCUCACGCGACACCGCUGCCGACACAGCAGUGGGGGAUGCUCUGCCGACGAAAACUCCGGCCGCGGUUGUGCCUCUGUUGACAGAAGCGGAGGAUCCCUCUUUAUUGCAGGAUAGCAGCGUCCUCAGCACACUCUCGCAGCAUCUCAGGAAGUCGCUGCCACAGGGGGAGGGGCCCAAUUCCGCCGCGCAGUUGAGGGCGGCUGCCGCGACUGCCGCCUCCGCCAUCGCGGGUCCUCCGGGAGUGGCGGCAGCGAAGGGCGGUGGCGGCGCCAUGGCCCCGUUGCUCUUGACGCAGCCUGCGGCCUCGGUCCCGUCCUUGUCGCCGUCGAAGGGGCCUCCAGCUCCGCCGGCCGCCCCGCCCCGGUUGGAGGGCGUGCUUGCCAGUCUGCCGCCCCCACUUCCGUCCAGGGACCCGCGGCAGGACCCCAAAAUUGUGGAGCUGCGCGAGACGUCGGAGGCGGUGGAGCGUUUGGUGCGCGCCUUUGCGCUUUUGCGUGGGCACGUCGCCGCGUCCUCGCCCGACCCGCUUGCCGACGCAAAGGCAGCCUACGCCACGAAGGACACGGAACAGCUGUCGAGCCUUCGACAACAACACGGCGUGGGGGAUGCGGCAACCGUGCGGAUGCGUCACACGAGCAGUCGACGCCCGUAUUUGUCGAGGCCAAAGCCCGCCGACGCCGCGCAGGACGCGAAUGAAACGGCCGCGCUGCAGCUAAAUGAGGCCGCAGUGGAGGACGCCAUUAUGUGCCUCGUCAUGGAACUGAUGCAGAGGGACGCGAAGCAGCCGUUUGAGAACAACAUAGAAAGGAAGGCGAUACACCCAUCCCUAGAGGUGGUGGGCAUGGAUAACUUUCAAGCGGCCCCUCCGUCAAAGCCGCAUAGAGUUCGUGGAACUGUAACGAAGGAACUCGCUUCUUUUUCCGUUUUUGAGGGUGGGAUGCAGGCAUUUGCCCCGGGGGACACCGACGCCUCGGAUUCCUUGUACAACAGCGUCUUUCAGGCGCUACAAAAGUACGUGUGGGCGCACGUGGCCGCGUCAACGCGGCUUGCGAGCAGCCACUUUCCACCUGUGAGUGCCCACUUUGCAUGGGUCCUGCAGCUGGACUUGCUAUUGGUCUGCAUGCAGGCCCUUGAAAGCCGCUUUGCCGGAGACCGUGCGGGGACAAGGGAUGGCUCAGCGGUGUUGAUUCAAUACGAAGGCUCACGCGAGGCGGAGCCGCUUGCGCGUAAUGCUGCUCACUGCCUGCCGUUUGAGGCGCUGGAUGCGAGGCGGCGCGAGAAGCCCGUGUUCCGCCUCGAAUAUUGGGUGACAAAAGAGAAGCUGUGGACCGUCGUGGAGGCGCUCACCGCCUCCAUUCGUGAGGGCGUCGUUGCCCGCUCUGACGGCUACCGGGCCUUCUCCAGCGAAUACGACGAGGAGCUGCGCAUAGACCCCAAUGCGCUGCUCCCGACGCGGGUUCCGCUCUUCUCACUGGUUGCGCCUCAGCGUCUGGGGGCAGCCGAGGAGGAGGAGAGACACGACCUCCGGAAGGGGCCCACGCGGAAGGAAGAAGAGGAGUCAAGCACAAACUUCUUUCACAUACAUCCAAAGACGCUCGAGUCACUUGCGCACGCGGUGUCAACCGCCGGCACUGAGCUCCUUGAAGCCGACGUUAGAACUGCUGGGAAACGCACACACUAUGCACAACGCUACCAGGAUGCCACAGCCGCGGUGACAGAGGCGGUGUGUGAGCUACUGGGGGACGCGGGGAUCCGCGCCGCUGUCCAGCGCCGCGCCACGGCGAAGCUGACGGAGUUGGCCAAACGGCGUGAAGCGGACAACACAGUGAGUCGACAAGAGAAGGAGCGUCGUCUUAUUGAGGCUGCCGAAGAGGAGGCAGAGCGGGUGGUGCAGAGGAUCCUGCAGGAGAUGCGAGUAGAGGAGGCCAGAGAUACAUGA